GCUGCCCUGUCGCCAUUGAGCAAAGCUAAUAUUCUCCCAGCAUAUGGUCUAAAGUCUUUGCUAGAGACCGGGGAAAACAAACAAACAAACAAACAACAAAACCCUUAAGCCUGCUCUCCCAGAUCACCUAGCCCCACCCCCAUUUCCCACCUCCCAACUUUCAGCAAACUUCCCAGGCUCGGAAAAGUGCGGCGCAGGACACUGCUGCUGGGCUGGGUGGGGGGACCCGCCGCCGGGAGAUGCGGCGCCUGCAGCGCAGCUGAUUGCGACGCGGGAGUUCCGGGAGCCGCUCGGCGCAGAUUGAAAGCAAAACUCACACUCUGGGCUUGUGGUGCGGCUCGUAUGUGUGGUUCUAAAUCAAUGAUGAGGGUAUCGGAACCAAUACUGGAUAUGGAGAUGGCAAAUUACAGUGAAGUUUUGGACCCAACUUACACGACUUUGGAGUUUGAAACCAUGCAGAUUCUGUAUAAUUCAAAUGAUAGUUCUGCCCCAGAGACGACAAGCAUGAGCACCACUGACAAUGGUGUCAACUGUCUGUGCGCCAUAUGUGGGGACAGAGCAACGGGAAAGCACUACGGAGCCUCGAGCUGUGAUGGGUGCAAGGGCUUCUUCAGACGCAGCAUACGCAAGAGUCACAUUUAUUCCUGCAGGUUCAGUCGGCAAUGUGUUGUUGACAAGGACAAAAGGAAUCAAUGUAGAUAUUGUCGAUUAAGAAAGUGUUUUAGAGCAGGAAUGAAGAAAGAAGCGGUGCAGAACGAACGUGAUAGAAUAAGCACCAGAAGAAGCACGUUUGAUGGCAGCAACAUCCCCUCCAUUAACACACUGGCACAAGCAGAAGUUCGGUCUCGUCAGAUCUCAGUCUCAAGCCCUGGGGCAAGCAGUGAUAUAAAUGUUAAGAAAAUCGCGAGUAUCGGCGAUGUAUGUGAAUCUAUGAAACAGCAGCUAUUAGUCUUGGUGGAAUGGGCUAAAUAUAUCCCUGCCUUCUGUGAGUUACCAUUGGACGAUCAGGUGGCACUAUUGAGAGCUCAUGCCGGGGAACACUUAUUGCUUGGAGCUACAAAGAGAUCCAUGAUGUAUAAAGAUAUUUUGCUUUUGGGGAACAACUAUGUUAUUCACCGCAACAGCUGUGAGGUUGAGAUAAGUCGAGUGGCUAAUCGGGUUCUAGACGAGCUGGUUCGACCAUUUCAAGAAAUCCAGAUUGAUGACAACGAGUAUGCUUGUUUGAAGGCAAUUGUAUUUUUUGACCCAGAUGCAAAGGGGCUAAGUGACCCAGUAAAAAUCAAGAACAUGCGGUUCCAGGUGCAGAUCAGCCUGGAGGACUAUAUCAACGACAGACAGUAUGACUCCCGCGGGCGCUUCGGGGAGUUGCUGCUGCUUUUGCCCACGCUGCAGAGCAUCACGUGGCAAAUGAUUGAGCAAAUACAGUUUGUCAAACUUUUUGGGAUGGUUAAAAUUGACAACCUACUUCAGGAAAUGUUACUAGGUGGUGCUUCCAGUGAUGGGAGUCAUCUCCAUCAUCCAAUGCAUCCACAUUUGUCUCAAGAUCCACUCACUGGACAAACUAUCCUUUUCAGUCCUAUGUCAACACUGGUUCACACAGACCAGAUUUCAACUCCUGAAACCCCACUGCCUUCCCCACCACAAGGUUCUGGACAAGAACAGUACAAAAUAGCUGCAAACCAAGCUUCGGUCAUUUCACAUCAGCCUCUUUCCAAACAAAAACAGUUGUAAAACGUGUUUACUUUUGAAUGGUACUGCUUCACUGUGAAAAGUUCUUGGCCUUGAAAUAACUCAGGAUGGUACUUUUGGCCAACUCGUAGCCAAGGCUUCGUCUUGGUGCUGUAAUAAGAUGGUAUCCUAUUUUAUUGCUUAUCUGUUCGUCUUGUUUGUUGUUGUUACUGUGUAAAACUUUCCCAUCAACUGAUGUAUGUCUGAGUUUGAAUAUGUUUGUAUGGGGCCUUUUUUCCAGUUGCCUCUGUAUUGUGUCUGAGCGAGUUGAAUCUUAUGUCCCCCUUCAUUUGUUUUCUUAAUUUAAAUCUGUAAAUACUUGCUUUAUUGUGAUGUGAUACAGAACUAAGUGCUCUUUUUUGGCUGAGAAUAGUAAAUCAGAAAUCCCAGGUUAAUAUAAAAUUAAGUUUUUUUAUAAAUUAUAAACUUGCAGGUUAGGAAAACAAAGCAGUUUCUGUAGAACAGAGUGCAUUUCACUGAAGAAGAAUCAUGGAUGAGCAUUCUGUGGCAGUGAAGCAUCUUUUAAAUAUUUCUAUCUUAAGUCAAGAAAAUUACAAAAAGCCAUUCAAAGGAUGACUCUUGAUUCUGUUUUUGAAGAUGUGUGUCAAAAUAAAACACAUUAGUGAUAUCAGUUAGAAUACAAGCUAAACCAUGAUAAAGAAACCCCUGAAACAGUGGCUCAACCAAUAGAGAUAUUUAUUUCUGUCUCUUAAAACAGUCUAGAAACAAGCCUUCAUUGCUGGAAAUUAGCAUGGCUAGUUCCCAGGGCAGGCAGGACAGUCUCAUUUAGGUGGAAAACUUGUGUCAGCUAAAGUCAUUCUACUCUGAAAGGGCAAACCCCCAGGACAAACUAGCCGUCUACCUGACAUGUGCCUUAUUUAGCCCUCACCACAACCCUGUAAGAGAGGUAUUAUUAUCUCUCUUUUAUAAAUAAACCUUUAGCUUAAAGCUUUAAAGAAUAUAAUGAAAAUUCAUAAACCUAAACAGUGAGAGACCCACAUUCAAAACCAAGUCUGGUUGACUUCAAUGAAAAUAAAUCUUUGGUGUGAAAGGAAAAAAUGUGAGCUUUUUUCUUUUAAAUAUAUGCAGCUGAGUGAGGAUUGAAUACUAUCCGUCAUGUUGCCUGUAACAUGCCUUACAUGUUCAUGUAAGCAAUGUGUGCAAAAUAGUUGCAGCUUGAAUAAGAAUCACAUUUGUACUUUAAUAGGCAUCUCCGCCUAAAAAUAUUAAAGAAAAUAAAAGGUACAUGAGAUAGAUUUUUCGGACAAUAGAAAUAAAUUCAAAUAAAUGACAUAGCAGAUUUUUUAAAAUCUGGCAGCCCAGGAGUACACCAAAUGUCUAUUUCUAGACUGAGAAGUUAAUGGGAGCUCCAAAUUAUUUGAUAUCAUCAAAAACUUCAGCUUAUUUUGAAGCAGUUAGUUAUAGGCUACCUCAGGAAGCAAUGGCUCCUCUCUGGUUGAGGAGAAGGAAAACUGGUUGAGUAAUUAUCAAUAAGAUUUUUUUAAGUAUCCAAAGCUGUGAAAGAUUGAAUUAAAACUUUUUUUCAGAACUUUUCAAAAUUUCUUAGAUUAUGAUUUCAUAACUCCCACAUACCCUACAAAUAAAAAGGCUACAUUAACAUCAACUAACUUACUGGCUCUUAUAGUGAAAUUGAAACUCUUGGAAUACAAAAAGGAUUACCUAAAAACUGUCAUUGAUUUAAUAGAAUCAAUACAAGUUUUUCAAGAACUAGUACCCUUGUAAAACUGUUAAAUGUGGGGGGGAUGUUUAACUCUUAUUUUUGGAAAUUUUACUGUUGUGUCUAUUUCAUGAAUAAGAAUGUUUGAUUUUUAUAAGUACAAAUAUCUUUUGUAGGUUUCCCUUUACUUUCUUGGGGUUUUCUCUUAGAAGAUAUAAAAACAUACUCUAGUUCAUUUGGGCUGCUAUACCAAAAAUACCAUAAACUUUACAGCUUUAAACAGAAAUUUAUUUCUUAUAAUUCACAAGGCUGGGAAGUUCAAUAUCAAGAUGUCAGCUGAUUUGGUCUCUGGUCCAUGGAUGGUGCCUUCCCACUGUGCCCUCGUAUGUGGAAGGUGCCAGGCAGCUCUCUGGGGCCUAUUUCACAAAGGUACUAAUUCUUGCAACCUACUCUCCUCCCAGUACCAUGACACUGGGAAUUAGGCUUCAAAAUAAAAAUUUUGAGGACACAAACAUUCAAACCAUAGCAAAUGCCUUAAAAAUAUAAAACAUAAAAUUUGUUUUUAGUUAAUCCUCUAAUUUAUCCACAUGUAUUUACUAAAUAGCUAUGUCAUAGAAGUUAUUAUUAAUGAUUUUGCCUUAAUAACUAUGGUCAGGGAAUUUGUAAUAUAAUAGUUUUAUAUACUGAACUGCCAAAAAUGCUGAAUAAAGAGGAACUGAUAUUUUAAGCAUAUUUUCAAAAUGUUGGUAAGGAAAAGUUAUUGCUUCUAUAUAGUAUACAACUUUUUUUCAGGUAUAGAAAUGAAUAAUUUAUUGUGAAAUAAGAAUUCAUUUUAUAAGUGUAUAAUUAUUUUUAUAAAUUUCAUUGUUGAAAAUCAAAAAUUAGUAGAUUUUUUAAAAUGUUAAAUUAUAGUGAGAUUAAAAUAUGUCUAAACUGUGAUGCCAUGUUGCUCCAAUGAACUUUCUAAAUAAAAACCUAGGA